AUGCAGGUGGAGGAAGACCCAAGCAGCCAAUUCGUCGACUUUACAAAUGCCACAGACUCGGAGCAGUUCGUCUCAGAUGUGGAGCAAACUCUGAUUGGUUGGCAUCUGGCGAACAAAGGCCACACGUCGGUGGAAGCACUGACCGCCGCGUCUGCAAAACGUUUACCACCUCAGAGUCGACGCCAAGUCACAGCUAAAGACGCCGCUGUGUGGACGAAGGAGCUUCAAUUUCAGCCACCAGGAGCCAAGACACGUAACAGUUACACACUUACACUGUUUGUAGCCAGACACGUAGAGAUGCGGGUGAAGAAGGAGCCUACUACACCCGUUAGAAACGCUACGAGGAAGAAAUGGCAGGAAGGAUUGGAACAUUUUACACCGACGAUGCUGUCGGUGGCUGAUGCCAGUCGAGACUUUCGAUGGCAAGUAGAAGAGGAAGAAGAGAUGGAGAAAGAGGGGGAAGACGAGACACGACCGAGCGUCUCGUACUACACGUCGGUCUUCGAGAACGAGACGGAGCCACAGUACAGUAGGAAGACGGUGUUUAAGAACGUGCAAAAAUGGUUUGGAGUGGACGAGUUUCUAUUUCUAAGCAGGUCGGCUCGAUGCGAAAUGAAGAAGCAGCAGACGGAGGAGAAGAAAAGUGUUUGUACAAAUGACGAAGACGUUGAUAAAGAUGUGGAGAAAAAUUCUAUGGAGGGGAGAGAAGUGACACCGGAAAGAGGAGAGAAUGGCGACCACGAACAGGAUGAAGACGUUAUUGCAGAUAUUCAGGUUGAUCAGAACGAGGCGGGGAUGCUGCUAUCAGCGCUGAACAUGGCGCUGAACAACUGCAACUGCACGAUCCCCGCGUUCGUACCGGUGUUUGAGCCGUCUCGUGGUACGCUGGUUGGAUCAGCAGUUCCUGGUGCUACAGGCAAUGUGUCGAUGUCGUUCGACACGGAUUCUGUUCCGGAACUAAACUUUAACCAAAGUUGCAUUAGCGGUCUGCUUGACUUUUUUAAAGUCAAAUUGCAGUUGUCGCCGCAAGUUGAAGAGAAAUGUCGUGUUGAGGCCGACGUGUCGGGGAGCCUCGCAAUUGGUAUGAUGGUUUCAGCAUCGUUCGAAUUUUCGUGGAAUCGAACAAGUGAUCCACGUGAAGUGCUUUUGCCGAAGGAUCCUCUAGCUUGGAGAACUUCAGAUUUCGAGCAGCCGACCGAGCUUGAAAACCAGAUUCGCCAGAUUACACGCAGACUUUUUGGUGAAAACCACCCUAUUCCAUUACUGGGGACUUCCACUUCUCCUUUGAAUGGAAUAGAUUUAACAGUUAGCUGGCCACAGCUGCGUGAAGGCACGUACGUAGACAAUGUAGUGCACUCAACGCUGGAUCCAAUGUUAGCACCUCAGUGGAUGUUGAGCGUGCGUUUUCAAAAUUUGCUAUCUGAAAACCAUCGAAAGCCGCAAUUACCGCUUAGCAAGCAAAUUGCAAACCUUGUCCAAGUGUAUUCCAACUCCAGAGAGUUGAACAAAGACAUUUUGGUGUCCGAAUUGGCGCCACCAAUGCGAGUCACUUCUUCGCCGUCAGUGUCACUUGUUACUCCAAGUGCUACUCAGUGCGGUGAGGCUGCCCCAAAACAGCCGUUGUCGACUCUUCCUGAGUCUAUUCCUGCUGCUCGCGCAGCUGUCGUGCUUAGCAAUGCCAUAUCAAGCUUAGUAUCUGCUGCCACAUGGAAAGGCUCAGACAUGGAGGAAAUUAGGCGGAUUGUGUCGGAGCUGUUCAAUAAUGGUGAAGACGAAGCAAAGGACAAAGAUGAAAGUGAAGAAAGCAGUCGCAGACUUAAUGAAAACUUAGGGGUUGCAUUAGCGAGCAUCCCUAGUUCUGUUCAGCAUGGUGCACCGUUGGGAGAACUCGUGUCAAUUGUAGCAACCAGGAUGUCGCAACUACGUGGUAUCAACUCCAUGUCAUUGUUGUGGGUCGAAUUUGUAAAAGCGUUGAGAGAACGGUGGUUUCAGCAGCAACUACUUCCGUUCAUGAACACUAGCACAGACGAAGGUGUCGAUCGCAACACAAGCCCGCAUUCUUUGGAAACACUCUUCCUGCUGGACUCAGAUGCGAUACAGCUCCCUCCACCAGACUUUCGUCGAUGUCUUUUGCACCAGAAGCUUCAACUUCUGAACUGUUGCAUUUUCAGAAAAGCACAAGAAUUGAAGCCAACUUCUAUCACCAAGGCUAACUCAGCUCAGAGGAGACAUGACAGUUCUGGUGCGGAAGACGCUCCUACUAACAGCUUAAGAGCUGUGAACGGCGAGGAAUGCGAGGAUGAAGUAGACGGCGCUCCAAGCGACGACGAAUUUUUUGACUCGAUCGAACAAGAAAACGGGCUUUUGCCGGCAUCGAGGCAUCCUGAGGGUGUCCUCCGCGAAGCAAUAGGAGUUGUUUGUCUUCAGACCGAUGAGCCACUGCUGGAGCCUACAACCCAGACGUCUGUGCCGAUGACAGAAGAUGUAGCGAAGGAACAGCAGGAUCUUUUUACUCGCUUAGGUGUGAGUGUGGAGUCCGAGAAAUUACGGCAACAAAUCCAGAGUACGGCACUAAUCUCGGAUAUGCAGGCGUUCAAAGCUGCCAAUCCGCGUUGCUGCCUCGCAGAUUUUAUCCGUUGGUAUUCACCGAAAGAUUGGAUCCCAUUUAAGACUUCAAUUGACCCGCUGGUAACUGAGUUGCCACCCGAAGGACGAGGAGUGUGGUGGUUUGAACGACAUGGUAUGUUAUCCGAGCGCAUGCGUUUCGGACCAGGUCACGAGCAUAUGUGGCAACGAAUGUGGGAAACGAGUGCGCCGGUGCCAGCAAGUCGCCAAAAGCGGUCGUUUGACCCAGUGCAAGAGUCGGAGAAGGUUUAUCACUACAUGGAGACAAUGUCGCCGCACGAACUAUUUCACCAAAUGCUUGCAGGGGCAAUCUCAAGUAGCGUAUUUGCUUUAGAGACUGCAUUGCCCGUUCAGGUAUCAUCUCAGACGUUGCCAGUGGUUCAUCGAGCGUUGCAAAAUCUUUGUUCGCAUGGAAAUCGUGCCAUCGCGUUGUUAGAUGAAGCUUUAGCAGAGUCACAAAUGGCCUUUUCUGCUGCUGGCAGAAGCAAGCAACCGUGCAGCGGUGACAACGAACAGUCGAUAGCAGCGGCUCAUCAAGAUCAGCAGCUUCAAGUUGCAUUUGAAAUGGCGUUGGAUGCGUGUUGGAAGCUUGUGCGCUCACUUGAAGCUGUGGAAGCGUUGGUGACGAAGGCACUAGCUCUCUUGCACUACUUUCCGGCGUCAAAGGAGGAGCAGAGCGCUCUAGCACUCGUGAAUCUUCUCCUAUUGCCAUCACUUUCACGUCGGCAACAAGCGGAAAUCUCUGAUUUGUUACAGCAAGACAACUUGCGACAGCUGGUGGCUGCACUUGUGCUAACCAACCCAACGCCCACUGAGACAAGAUCCAUGUCUGUUGUACCCGUUCAACGCGAGUAUGUGUUGCGGUGCAUUUGUCCUCGUCCAUUUCUUCGAGAAUAUGAUGGCGACUUAGUUGUGAGCGAGGAAGAUGUGGAAACAAGAGAUAUGCAGCCUGAUCAAGUGCUGGAAGAAAGUCCGUUAGUAGUCUGUCGUAUGUAUGCAGCAUUCAAGAAGAGCACUGUACGCUUUGCUUUGGUUCUGGCCGAAUCCGAGUUUUAG